GCGAGAAAAAUGGAGAGAGACAGAGAGGGAGAGGUGGUAUACGGGGAAAACCAAGAUUCCACCAAAGCGGGGCCCCAACUGUCACAAAGGGAGCGCCAGAAAGAAACCAUAGCGAAGAGCGAGGGAAGAGAGGUCAUUCUCUCUCUCUCUCUCUCAUAGUGGAUGGGUGGUAGGAUCUGGAUAUAUAGAGAGAUAAACGGACCCGGAGAGAGAGUGAUUGCUUCUGAUAAGCCAGUGUGUCCCGGGAGGGGAUCAUUCCUGUACUGCAUCGGCCGUAGUCCGUGGAGUCAGAAAGCGGAGAGGCCAGGGGGAGCCUGCCGAUGGUUUUGUUUAUGAAAAGAGAAGGCUUCUAAUCGCCAGCGAAAGCCCAGUUGCUUCGCUGUUCGAGUAGUUGGACUCCCAUAUCCAUAUGAAAUAGACGACGACGACUUACUUGCAAGCAGGUGCUUCUAUUCUUUUCUAACCACUUUAUAACCGGAGACCUUCUCGACCUUUCCUGGUCCUCUUCUCUGUGUCUUCUUUUCCCCUUCUUUAUAUCGACCUCCUCUUCCUAUGGUUUGCAUUUGGCCGGAAGAUAUUUCACUGAAUAAUAGGAUUCGUGCAAGGAAGAGGAAGCUUGUAGCUAGACCUUUGAGUGGGGCUGGAGUUUCGUUAUUCUAGCCGGAAUAUCCCUUCACGGCAUCUGAUCAUCAAGGAAGAAGAAGGGCAGUAGUAGCUAAUUAGGAAGGAGGAGGGCAGAAGCUUCCGGAAGAAGGUAUAGCCACUAGAUCUAGAAGGAGAAGCAGGAAGAAGAAAGAAGGAAAGAGGAGUAUCAGAAUAACAAUAAUAUUGGCAUGCUUGUACCCGGAAUCCACCCAACAGGCUUUUGAACGGUGAUUGAUUUUACAUCAUAAUCAAGCAGUGCCCGUCUUUCCCUGGCCUCGCUUGUGUGAGUUUCGACAAUCGACGAUCUGGCAAACCGGUGGUGGACCGGGAGCGUGGGCAUGGGAGGGGUGGACCCGGUGGUCACUUCCUCGGCCGCCGGCCCCCCUCCCUUCCAUCUCCGCAACCCCAACAAUUCCCACCUCAGCCCUCACCGCCGCGACCAACAACAGCAACAAGACCCCCCGCCCAACCCCGCCACACCCAACAGCAGCGCCAGCAACAACGACGGCGACGACAGCCGCGCCGGCACCAAUGCCGACGACCACUCCUCCGCCGCCGGCCUUGAGCUCGCCGAUGGCGGCUCCGGCGGGGGAGGCAGCUCCGGCCGCCGCCCACGCGGCCGCCCUCCCGGGUCCAAGAACAAGCCCAAGCCCCCCAUCAUCAUCACUAGGGAGAGCCCCAACUCCCUCCGCUCCCACGUCCUCGAGAUCGCCAGCGGGACCGACAUCAUGGACGCCGUCGCCGUCUUCGCGCGCCGCCGGCAGCGUGGGGUGUCCAUCCUCAGCGGCAGCGGCGUCGUCACCAACGUGACCCUCCGCCAGCCCGCCGCCCCCCCUGGCGCCGUGGUCACCCUCCACGGCCGCUUCGAGAUCCUUUCCCUCUCGGGGGCGUUCCUCCCGCCGCCGUCCCCGCCCGGGGCAUCGGGGCUGACGGUCUACCUCGCCGGCGGGCAGGGGCAGGUGGUCGGAGGGAGUGUGGUGGGGGAGCUGGUCGCCUCGGGGCCGGUGAUGGUGAUCGCGGCGACGUUCACCAACGCCACCUUCGAGCGGCUGCCCCUGGGGGACGAGGAGCCGGAGGUGGCGGCGGCCCCGCCGGGAUCGGAGGGCAUGCCAUUGCAGCCGAGCCCGGGGGCCAACGGAGUUUCGUCGUCGCAGCAGUCGCAUGGGGGGAUGGGAACGGACCCGAGCUCGAUGCCGCCGCUCUAUAAUUUGCCGCCGAAUCUACUGCCUAACGGUCAGCUGCCGCAUGACGUGUUCGGCGCUUGGGCUUCCGCCGCUCCUCGUCCUCCGCCAUCCUACUAAGUUCUUCUUCCCCAUACUAUUUUCAUCGUGGAAAAACAAACAAAAACAUUUUAUGCUCUCUUUCAGGUCUUAGUUAGAAAUGUUGUCUUUCUUCAGCUUCUUGUUAUGUUCAUGUCGUUGCAUGGUUUUUGUAAACUUAGCUAUGUGAUAUUAGCUAGCUAGUUGUAGAAUUGGAGGACAGUUUAAACCAAUGUGUUGCUUUUCUUCUCCCUUUUCACAGUUCCUGCUUAUCUCAUGUUUGGUUAGCAUAGAGUUAUGUUUUCUGUUUUGGUCCUGGGAUGUAUCAGCUGUAUAAUUAGAAGAUAGAUAGUUCUUUAAUAGAAGUUUUCCCUUUCUCUUAUCAAGAAAGUAGAUUGUUUUUUCCUCCGA